GGGCCACGUGAUGUGCGGGAAACGGUCCGUCUCCGUGGUUUUGGUACUACAAGCCAGGAGGGGGGGCAUUGCCUUAUUCCCUCUUGUAGGUUAACUACUGCAACUGGUUUGUCUCCUUCUUUCUUUCCUCAGUUGUUGCGCAACAAGGGUUCGAUAAAUGCAAGGGGAUCUAUAUCCUAACCAACAAAUCUCUGACGGACCGCCGGGCUGUCCAUUACGCGGUAUUGUGGCCUGGCCGUAGCUAGAUCUCGAUGCGAGCGAGCCCCAGGACCCUGACAUCAGCACCUCAACAUGCUUCAUCUGUGCCGACAAGUACCGCGACAUUGGGUGUACCGCUCGGCGGCGCUCGGCGGACGCCUCUCCUGUUCCAUCAGGGAGCAGCAGGAGGCAGCAAUAUGGCCGAGGCCCGUAUUCCCACACAAUCCUGCCUUCUCCCCUUACCACCUCGAGUCGGACGAAAUGUGAAGAUGGGGCCUCUGGAAGUGAUUGCAGCUGAUUAUAUCGAUCCCGCUCGAUUCCUAUGUGGCCAGCAAUCGGCGCUAGCUGCUGCACGCACGCCAAAAACGGUGCAAACACGUUCCGGGCAAGCCAGGGUCCAGCGCUUUUUCAGCGCCCUGUUCGCUGCGGCGUCCACCCAGAUGCACGGCGAGUCCAAGAUCCAGUGCGUCAUGACUACGAUACCUUCCGCCCCUGCCCGUCGUCGUCCUCGCACUUUGUACCUUCCAUCACUCACGUCAAUCCUUGGAUCCCGUCCCAAGGCAAUCCCCGUUGUCCCGACUCGCCUGGCAACCUCGCAAGCGCGAGCCUGACUCUUUCCUUUCGAGCUAAUGUGUCUCGGAUCUAAUCGCCAUCUGCAACAAGACUACCGUAUCCUCUG